CUUCUCCGCGGCGGCCGGGAGUAGGGCGCCCGGUGCGCCCCGCCGGCUCCCCCGCCCUGCCCGCUGCCCACCCUCCGGGCGCGGGGGGAGAGCCGCCGCUGGGCCGCCGUUGCCCGGGCUGCCGCUACUCCCCCCCGCCCCUCCGCGCCGCCGCACCGAGCAGGCGGCGGCGGGGAGACAAAAGCGGACAAAGGAGGCAAAACGCGUGUUUCGCUGCAGGGGUAGGCAGGGCUGGGCUGGGCACCGCUCGUUGCUCGGCGGUCCCGCGUCUCCGCGGGCACGGGGGGCGCCCGGGCGAGCUGGGGCGGCGAGGUCGGCGCCGGGGUGCCGGCUCCCGGGGUGCCCGACGCCGCUGCCCCGGCAUCGGCUUUGUUCCCCUCCACCGCCCGCUGCCGCUCCCCGGGCCGCCGAGUUGUAGCGGAGUAUUUAUUUCAGCGUGUUUAUUUUUAGGCUGGAAAAUAAAAGGCUUGGCACGGUGACCUUUGGCUGUCGCAUCCGGCGCCAAAUAAAAGGGUCGCGCUCCGGCCGAGGCCCGCGGACGUGUAUGUCCGCCCCUGCUCUUACGUAAAUCCAUGUGCUGUCCCCAAGGUCGCGGCCCCCGGGGCGCUCCCGCGACCCCCCGCACCCCCCCGCCUCCCGUGGGGGCGGCGGGCGCUUCCCCGAGCUCAAGGCAGACCCCGGGGUCGGGCGGGCAGAGGCCGGGGAGGGGGGGGGGGGGGCGCUGGGGCUCGGCGCCGCUGACCUCCCGUGCUUGCUCUCCGCCCCGCAGAUCGGCAGCACCCCUCCGGAGCUCUGUCACCGGCGUCGGCGGCGCGGAGCGAGAAGGAUGCGGGCGGCGGAGCGGCGGCGGGCGGCGCUCCCCCGCGGCGGGCGGGCUGGCCGCGGGGCCCCGGCGGGCGGCUGCUGAGCGCGGCGCCGCGGGCAUGCUGCGGCGGGAAGCAGGAGCCGCCGGCAGCGGGGGCGCCCCGGCGGGCGGGCGGCCCCUCGAGCGAGACGGAGGGAGGAUGGAGCCACAAAGGACUCAGGCUGACACGUGCGGCGGGGCGGCCGGCGGCCGCGGCUAGGGCCACCCCCCUCCCCUCCCUCCUCCCCUCCCCGCUAUGCUGCGCUCCCGCCGGGCCCCUCAGCGCGCUCGACGCACGGCGGCGAUGGAGCCGGCCGGGCUCCUCUGAGGCCGCGGCCGGACCCAGCAUGGCCUCGGCGGGGACCCCGGCGCCGCGGCGCCCCGGGGCGGAGCGGCCGGCGGCGGCGGCGGGGGGCCGGGCGGAGGCGCCGCGGUGCCGCAGCCUGCCCGCGCUCGGCGGGGCGGCGCCGCGGGGCCGCGGGGCCGCGCUCGGCUCCCCCCUGGCGGCCGGGGGGGGCGGCGGCGGCGGCGGCGGCGGCGGCGGCGGCGCCCCGCCGAGCCCCGCCGCGGGAGCGGCUCCCGAGGACGACCGGGGCGGGGGCGCCGCCGCAGGCGGCGCUGGCCGGCCCCCUGCCGUCGCCGCCGGCGGCAGCGGGAACUUACCCCGGAGGACGGAGCGCGGCCAGGCGGCGGCGACGCCCGGCCGAGGGGUGUCCCCGGGCCCCCCGCCGCCGCAGCCGCCGCCGCGGCCGCCGCUGCUGCUGCUGGCGGGCCCCCCGGGCAGAGCGUGCCUGCGGGCCGUGCUGGCGGACUCGCGCUUCUUCUUGGUGUGCAUGUGCUUCCUGACCUUCAUCCAGUCCCUCAUGGUCUCCGGGUACCUGAGCAGCGUCAUCACCACCAUCGAGCGGAGAUACAGCCUCAAGAGCUCCGAGUCGGGGCUGCUGGUCAGCUGCUUCGACAUCGGGAGCCUGGUGGUGGUGGUCUUCAUCAGCUACUUCGGGGGGCGCGGACGGAGGCCACUCUGGCUGGCUGUAGGGGGGUUUUUCAUCGCCCUAGGAGCUGCGCUCUUCUCCUUACCUCAUUUCAUCUCGCCGCCGUACCAGAUCCAGGAAUUGAACUCCUCCGUCAGUAACGAGGGCUUGUGCGUGACUGGCAAUGGCACUGCCAAAGAGCAGUGGGACUCGCCGGCUUGUGUCAAGGACUCCGGCGGAAACGACCACUCUCUGUACGUAGCUUUAUUCAUUUGUGCCCAAAUCCUCAUUGGCAUGGGCUCGACACCCAUCUAUACCUUGGGACCAACCUACCUAGAUGACAAUGUCAAGAAAGAAAACGCCUCGCUUUACCUAGCCAUCAUGUACGUAAUGGGAGCACUUGGUCCUGCAGCUGGAUACUUACUAGGAGGACUUCUUAUUGGUUUCUAUGUUGAUCCUAGGACAACUGUUUAUAUUGACCAGAGUGAUCCCCGAUUCAUUGGAAACUGGUGGAGUGGAUUUCUCCUUUGUGCCAUUGCAAUGCUCCUUGUGAUAUUUCCCAUGUUUACCUUUCCGAAAAAGCUUCCUCCUCGACAUAAAAAAAAGAAAAAGAAAAAGAAGAUGAACUCUGAUGAUGUUUCAAGUGAUGAUGAGGUGAUGAAAGAGAAAACAAAUAGUAAAAUACAAGCAGACAGUGCAGUUCCUGCCUCUAUGGGAUUUGGAAAGAAUGUUAAAGAGCUUCCAAGAGCAGCUGUCAGGAUCUUAAGCAACAUGACAUUCCUUUUUGUGAGUUUGUCAUACACAGCUGAGAGUGCCAUUGUCACAGCUUUUAUUACCUUCAUUCCCAAGUUCAUCGAGUCACAGUUUGGCAUCCCAGCUUCCAAUGCCAGCAUCUACACUGGUGUGAUUAUUGUCCCAAGUGCUGGUGUUGGUAUUGUCCUAGGCGGCUACAUUAUAAAAAAACUGAAACUCGGUGCGAGAGAGUCUGCAAAGUUGGCUAUGAUCUGCAGUGGUGUAUCUCUGCUGUGCUUUUCAACUCUUUUCAUUGUUGGAUGUGAAAGCAUUAAUCUAGGGGGAAUAAAUAUACCUUACACGACUGGUCCCACUCUUGCCAUGGCCCACAGGAAUCUGACUGGGAGCUGCAAUGUUAACUGCGGAUGUAAGAUUCAUGAGUACGAGCCCGUCUGUGGAUCAGAUGGAAUAACAUAUUUUAAUCCUUGCCUAGCUGGCUGCAUCAAUGGUGGAAACCAUAGCACAGGGGUAAGAAAUUACACAGAAUGUGCGUGUGUCCAGAGUCGCCAGGUGAUCACUCCGCCAACAGUGGGCCAGCGCAGUCAGCUCCGUCUGGUUAUUGUCAAAACCUACCUGAAUGAGAACGGCUAUGCUGUUUCUGGGAAGUGUGAUCGAACCUGCAACACACUUAUCCCGUUCCUGAUAUUUCUCUUCAUUGUUACCCUUAUAACAGCGUGCGCCCAGCCGUCAGCAAUCAUAGUGACACUGAGGUCUGUGGAAGAUGGAGAGCGGCCCUUUGCACUAGGAAUGCAGUUUGUUUUAUUACGAACUCUUGCUUACAUUCCCACUCCAAUUUAUUUUGGGGCUGUUAUUGACACCACGUGCAUGCUUUGGCAACAGGAUUGCGGCAUACAAGGAUCUUGUUGGGAAUACGAUGUCACCUCAUUUCGUUUUGUCUACUUUGGGUUGGCAGCUGCUCUCAAGUUUGUUGGAUUCUUUUUUAUUUUUCUGGCCUGGUAUUCCAUUAAGUGUAAAGAAGAGCAACUGCAGAGACAGAGAUGGAGGGCUUCACCAGUGAACACUGUGAGUGAGAUGGUUGGCCAAGCUGGACCCCAACAAAACUAUGCACGGACUAGAUCCUGCCCUACCUUCAGUUCCCGAGGAGACAUCAGUGUGGCACAAGGAAUGAACUGCGUAGCACAGACAUACCCCGGCCCUUUUUCAGAAGCAAUAAAUUCCUCAAAUGAAAAUGCAUUGGAAGAAGUCACUGCUGAGAUAUAGACCCCUGGCUUGGUAAUGUAAUAUUUAGUUUUGUUGGUUGACUUAAUUACGGCGCCUUGUAAAACACCUGUGCCUUCUAUUUUUAAUCUAAAUGUAACAUGUGAUAAAACCAACAAAGCUUAAUGUAAACAACCAUAGUAUGUUCCUGAGGGCUGGAUACCUCAAACCAACCCAAGUUCUUAUUUCUACCCUCCCGACAAUGGAGUUUUAAAAAUUGUGUUUGUAAUUAUUUCAGAUGUGUCCAUUAAAUGUCCAUGCUCUGAUCUAA